UUGCAGUGAUUAUAAACAGGGCGUGAUCUGCAUUUGCUCCAUUAAUAUGGAAUUCCUAUUUCUUGCCUUGUAUUUUUCUUUCUUCGUCUGCCUGUGCGCGCUGGUGUGCCUUUAUUUUUCAGGCUGCCAAGAAAUGACUUACAAACAUGAAGGUGCAUGUUGUGGGGAUGUAUUUUGGAUCUGA